AGAGAAUCGCCAUUUUCUCUCGUAGGGCCUACUGAGGCUGAUUGUGUGUGUCAUUUUGGUACAGGCGAUUAUAACUUAUGCAUCUUCCUGAUAAUGCAGUCAGCAUACAUUUGACCCCGCCAAGUACUGUGGUGGAGUGCAUGUCUUGUGGCACAAGAAUCACCUUUGUGUAGCCUGAAUGUCCUGACUGGCGGAUUGUAACGUAGCAUACGAAAAAGCGGGAGCUCCUUGCAAAACUCGCGUUAAGGUGCAAGAGAUGUAUCAAGUUCCUGUUUUAGGCUUGGACAAAAUCAGAAGAUCAAGGAAGAAUGUGAAAAGUAUUUUAAGUGAGUUUGGACUUGAGCAAUGUGAGGUCUUUUCCCAGGAGCUGGAGGAAGAUGAUCCGGUGGAAACCGCUUUCAGUAACACUGAAUGGAGUGAUCUCACAGUAGGAUUCCAUGGCAGGAGAAGGAAAAAGUGGAGUUAUCGGACACAGGCUCUCUGCUGUAGCCUGUGUAAGUAUUCUGCACGGUCUUGGAAUUCGUUCCAUGGUCACAUCAAGUGCUACCAUCCAGAUGGGAAGAACCUGGCUUUCCUGAGUGCUUGUUCUGCCUGUUCGUUUAUUGGUCACCCCAGAGUCCUCAAGAAGCAUUUUUCACUUUUUCAUUCUGAUCUUCCCAAACCCCAGCCUUUGGACUCUGGACUUUCACCAUUGAGAAAUACAGCAGCUGUAGAAAAGUACGGCUGUAGGAGGUGUCCGUACGAGGAUCCUUUGCUUUACUGCAUAAAGAAACAUGUUCUCUUUAGGCAUUGCCUUCCUCUGUGGCACAAGUAUGCUGGUCAGAGAACAGAAAAUGAGCAGAAAGCUGGGGGGGGUCCUAAUAAAUACUACUGUAAGAGCUGUGGCACAUCUGCUGAGACGACAGAACAUCUAGUGUAUCACAUUUUGACCUCUGAGAAACACAAAGAUCUGGGUACCCACAUCCAUGGCUUGAUCUGGCAAAAGCUUAAGCACAAGAAACCAUACUCAGUUUUAUCUCCAAAAACCCAGCUAAUGCUUGCUCCGAAGCCAGCUCCAACUAAUACAACCCUAUUGAAUCCCGUCCAGACCAGCAUCCCUGUAGCAGCAUCGUCCAGCAACCAGCUGCCAGUGACAGGUGGACCUCCGUCUGGUGUAGUUUUAAAGGGCUUGUCCAGCAGCAGUAACACAAUGAUGUGUGGCCAGGGGAGCACACAGCUCCUUCCUGUUCAGGCUGCUGCUCUUGUUCAGCUGGCCAGUGCAGAGGCAAAGGGUUUGCUUCGACCUGAUGUUCCAGUGACCCAUCCCAAUGCACAGCCUUCACUUGUAGGUGUACCCCCAGCCUUGCCUGCAAUGCCAACAGGUCCAUCUACACACCUUCAGUCAGCUGUGCCUAAUAAGCAAGUGCCCAUAGCUGUUGGCAUUUCUGGACAACCACCGCUUAAACAACAGGUGAUGACACAGCAGGUAGCUGUUCCCUCAAGAGCAUCGCUGACUAUUCCUGGACAAGGCCCCCUAGGUCUCACUCCUCAGCCUGCUUUAAUAACUCAAAAUCAGACUGCUCCCAGGGCAACAAUGCUUACAUCCCAGUCCCUACUUAGUCACCUCAUUCCUACGGGCAACAAGGUCAAUGGCCUGCCAACUUAUACUUUAGCCCCCGUACAGGUAAAUCUACCUGUUCAGUCAAGUAAGGGACCAGUUGUCAGUAAAGUGCCACUUCCAGUAUCCCAGAAGAACUCUGCAUCCCAACCAAACAAGCCCCCUGGCAGCACCUCACUGGAAUCUGGUAAAGCCAAAAAGUGGACGAGCUGCCGUUUCUGCAAGGAACUUUUCCCAUCUACUCUCUACAAUGUGCACAUGGAGGUUCACAAACUUAAGUCAAAAACAGGUCUUGCUGCAAGAGCACCAUUCUUAAGGAAAAUGCCUGACAAAACUGUCAAGUGUUUGAUGUGCAAAGUCCUGCUUUCCGAAAAGGGCCUUUUUGAGCAUAUGCAACAUGGAAUGACAUGCCUGUAUUGCCCAGGGCUGUUUUAUUCCAUCAAACACCUCCUAGAACACAUUGGAUCAGACCACAGCCCUUUGCAAAAGGAAAACUGUGAUUUCAUGAGAAGAGAAUAUAGACUUUAUUCAGAUGAAUGUGGCAAUCUCCUCUUCCCUUAUUUUGACAUAAACACAUCCGCCCCCAAAGAAAUAAUGGGGGAACAUGAAGUGAAUCUUGCAUUAGUGACCAGUUCCCUUGACUUAAUUUUUGUGAAGAUGUCACCUAGUGUUGCAAAGCCAGUGUGUCAAACCUCCACAAAGACAAACGGCAAUCAGUGCCCUUUCUGCUCAGAGGAACUGAUGAGUGCAGAAGACCACCGCAUACACCUGAGAGAAAAGCACUUCAUCACUCCUACAAUCCAUGCCAUUCUCAAGACCCCAGCCUACAAGUGUGUGUACUGUGGAGGAGUGUAUACUGGUAAAACCACCACAAAGGCAAUCACUGUUCAUCUCCAGCGAUGCAAGUGUGCUCCCAAGACCGCACUUGAUGCUGAGAGGCUCCUAAACACAAGACGCAUGGUUACCCAGAGUAAUGGAAUCAACCAGCCUGGCAAGCAAACAAACCCAAGUACGAAACCUGACAAACCUGAGUCAGACAUAGAGGUCCAAAGAAAACUGAGGCUUGAGAUGGCUGUGAAGGUGGCUAUGGAGGCUAACAAGCGGGAGAGGGAGGCUCGGGCAGCCAGAAAAAAGCUUGAAAGGGAAAAACAUUCUGCUUCUCCCUCGGUUGCACCUGAACUUCUGUUGGAUCCCUCUGUGCAAUUAGCCUUGGAUACGACAGGCAUGUGGAAGAGGUCUUUUGAGGACAGACGAGAAUUUCUCACAAAGUACUUCCACACGAAACCUUACCUGACCAAGAGCGAAACAACUUCCCUCGCCAAUCACCUACUGCUUAACAAGUCAGAUGUAGCUUGCCACUUUGGAACAAAGCGCACAAAGUGCAUGAGGUCCAUUCAGAAACACAAGUCAAAGGUUCUUCUAGGUUUCAACAUGGCUGAACUGCGAAAAGUAAAGCAUAACCUGUAUGUCCCUGAAAUAGAGCCAGAACGAGAAACAGAGAAGAGUGACAGUGAGGCUGACAGUGAAGAAGAUGAAGCUCAAGUUGAAGAGAUUAAGGCAAAUGAUGCAGACUGUGAGGGGGGGGAGGAGUUAAGAGACAAAUUACAGAAGCAAAAUGAUGUUUGAUUCAACCUUCUCUGUAAAACUGAUGAUCAUUCCUUAAAAAAAAGAUUUUGAAUUGUUUAGCAGCUGAUUUUUACUUUAGCUACAUGUUGAAAUGUAUAAACUGCUUGGAAGGAAAAUGUUUUUUACCAAGGCAGGUGUUGUUAUGUUAUGUCGUUUUGGUUUUCUUACAAUAAUUUAUCUAAAAAAAUGCAUAGAUCAUACUUCAAAGCAAUCUGUACAGUUAAAACACUGAUAUUUAAAAAAAAAACAAAGCAGUUUACAGCAGUUCAUAUUCAUAUCUUAUUGCCAAAUAACUGACUGCAUUUUUAUUUACAUAGAACUCUGAUGUCUUUGUUUGCUCUUAGUGGAGUGUUCUUGAACAGCCCAACAGAAAAACAAAAAUACAACUUAUUACCACCGAGUCUGUAUUUUCAACCUAUUAAAAUGUAUGUCUUCA